AUGACCCAUAUUUCUUCAAAACCUAUGAAACAGGAUGUCCUAUCGGCGGACAGAGCCAGUAUAAAACCAGGGUUUCUGGAAGAAGGCGAUGACGAUGCCAUUCUCCGCGCAAAUGGCCACGAAGCCGCCAUGCCUCGCCAGUUCAACUGGAUUUCAGCACUUGGUCUUGGCUUCUCAAUCACGAAUUCGUGGAUUGGAUACUUGAGCUGCUUCGGACAAGGGUUGAUAUAUGGCGGCCCUCAGACCUGCGUUUUCAGUCUACUAGUUGCUUUCUUUGCCCAGUGCACUGUCGCCAUUGGUUUGGGAGAGUUAUCAUCUGCCUAUCCGUCAAGUGGAGGACAAUAUCACUUCUGUUAUAUUCUCAGUCCGCCAAAUACGCGCAAAUACAGCGCUUACAUCGUGGGGUGGAUUUCGAUUCUGGCGUGGUGGAUUGUAACUUGCUCCGGCAUCUCGCUCGCAGCAGCAGUAUUGAACGGCAUUGUGGCUUUUUGCUAUCCCGACUACACCGGCAAUCAGUGGCAAACAUAUUGUAUCUACGUGGCCGUAUCAACCGUGACCCUGAUACCCGUUUUCUGGUCCAGCAAGAUGCACGUUAUUGCACAAAUGGCCCUAUACCUGUCUUUGGCUGGCUAUCUGAUAUUCUUCAUCAUCGCCCUCGUCAUGCACAAGAGCCGAAUGCCGACUUCCUUUUUGACACAGCCAGGGCUAGGGAACAGUGGCUGGAAUGAUGGAACCGCAUGGCUUCUGAGUAUCAGUAAUGCUAUGUAUGAAUUUGGGGGCAUUGAUGGCGUCGUUCAUAUCUCUGAGGAGAUGCCGCGGCCAGGAAAGCGUAUGCCGCAGGUCAUGAUCCUGACGAUGCUGAUUGGGCUGUGUACUGCGUUUUCCCUCUUUGUGGUCCUUAUGAUCUUCCAGGUUGAUAUGGAUGCUGUGCGAUCAGCCACUCUCCCCAGCCUGGAAUUGAUUUAUCAAGUAACUGGAAGCAGGAGCGUAACUCUUGGUCUUUUCAUCUUACUCUUUGUGGCGUACAGCUGGUGCCUGCCUUCCCAGUGGGUUACCUCUGGCCGACUUGCAUGGGCCUUUGCUCGAGAUAAUGGAGUACCCUUUGCGAAUUUCUUUUCCCAUGUGCAUCCGACACUGCAGUUCCCACUUAAUGCGACGGUGGCUGCAUGGAUAUUCACCUGUAUCUACGGGCUGUUAUACCUCGCAUCGACGACGGCCUUCAACUCCAUCAUCACAUCGGCCGUCCUCUUCCUGAACAUCUCCUAUACAGUCCCACAGAGUAUCUUGCUCGUCCGCGGCCGUCACAUUCUCCCCAAGAGGUACUUCAACCUGGGCUGGUUGGGGUUAAUCUCUAACGUUUUCUCUACUUUGUGGAUCGUCCUGCUUGGAGUGUUGAUUUGCAUGCCCCCAAAUCUGCCUGUUUCUCUUAGCUCUAUGAACUAUACGCCGGUUAUCUUGGUGGGGAUAUUUGUCAUGAUUAAUAUCAUCUGGAUGGUUUCCGGUAGGGCUUCAUUUGAAGGGCCUCGUAUUGACUGGGAGGUGGUGCACCAUGCCGGGGAGGAGUGA